AUGGCAUUAGAUAUCAAUCGUAGUCGUUGUAUAACAUGCGAUAAAGAGAAACGAACCGUUCGUUGUGAAGGUUGUUUACAAUUAUUUUGUUAUGAUCAUUUGACUGAUCAUCGACAAGAAUUGAAUAAACAAUUGCAUCAUAUCGAGUUGAAUCUGGCCGUUUUUCGUCAAACUCUCAAUGAACAAACGACUCAUCCACACAUACAUUCGUUAAUCAAAGAAAUCAACAAAUGGGAAGAAGAUUCCAUACAAAUUAUCCAGAAGAAAGCCAACGAUUGCCGACAGGUCAUAUUUCAACAUCGAAAUGAACAUUUUAGCAGUGUAGAAAUGAGUCUGUCAAGGUUAUCUGAGCAAGUCAAAGAUAUUCAUCAAGAAAAUGACUUCAACGAAAUCGAUUUAGAACAGUUUAACCAUCGAUUGAAACAACUCGCACAAGAAUUAGAAAAAAUCAGCACGGUUUCUAUUCAACGAGAAGACACAUCAUUCAUUGAUAAGAUUUCUGUUCUCCUUCCAUCACCUACAAAGGCAAUUGCAUCGGUUAAUAUCCAUAGCAACACCAAAUGGAAACAGUAUGGUUCGACAAUCGCUGGUGGAUAUGGCGAAGGUGAUCAAUCGAACCAACUCUACUGGCCGUAUGGUAUUUGUGUUGACGAUGAUCAAACGAUUUAUAUUGCUGAUUGGUGGAAUCAUCGUAUCGUUAAGUGGAAAUAUGAUACUAAUCAUGGACAAGUGGUUGCAGGUGGAAAUGGUAAAGGUAGUCGAAGAGAUCAAUUGAAUUUACCAACGGAUGUUAUACUCGACGUGAAAAAUGAUUCGUUGAUUAUAUGCGAUUGGGGAAAUCGACGAGUGGUUCGUUGGUCACGUCGGAAUCCGAAAAGUCGUCAAACGAUUAUAUCGAAGAUCGAUUGUUCGCAAUUGACUAUGGAUGAUAAUGGAGAUCUUUACGUGUCCGAUUGGAGAAAGAAUGAAGUUCGACGUUGGAAACAAGGUGAUAAAAAAGGCACUAUUGUUGCUGGCGGAAAUGGUAAAGGUGAUCUAUUAAAUCAAUUGAACUUUCCAACUUAUAUCUUCGUUGAUAAAGAAUAUUCAGUUUACGUCUCCGAUUCUGGUAAUGAUCGUGUGAUGAAAUGGACACAGAAUGCAACUGAGGGUGUUGUCGUUGCUGGUGGACAUGGUGAAGGAAGUGAUUUAACGCAACUGUCAUAUCCAGAAGGUGUCAUUGUAGAUCAUUUGGGUAAUAUCUAUGUGGCCGAUUCAGGCAAUAACAGAAUUAUGCGCUGGUCGAAAGAAUCCGAGCAGGGAACGAUUGUUGUUCGUGGUAACGGUGAAGGUAAACAACCGAAUCAAUUCAAUUGUCCGAUUUGUUUAUCGUUCGAUAAAGAAGGCAAUCUUUAUGUAGUCGAUUGGGGUAAUCAUCGAGUACAGAAAUUUGAUGUUGAUAAAGAUUGA